AAGUAAUUACAUAACCCAAAUAAGAUUCAGCGGAAGGAAGGAGGAAGCAGCAGCCUCACAGCCUCGUCGUCGCUUCCCUUUCUCGCUCCUUCCUUUCGCAACCUGCGCUCACCUAUUCCUGCUCUCAUCCUCCUGCGCAUCCACCUGCAAUUCCACCAUCCUUCUUCUUCUUUUCUUGCCAUUAGAAAAUGUCUACCGAGAGAGAGACCAAGACUUUCCUUGCUCGACUUUGCGAGCAGGCUGAGCGUUAUGAUGAGAUGGUUUCCUACAUGAAGGACGUCGCCAAGCUCGGCUCCGAAUUGAGCGUUGACGAGCGCAACCUUCUCUCUGUCGCAUACAAGAACGUAAUCGGCACGCGCCGGGCGAGCUGGCGAAUCAUCUCCUCGAUCGAGCAGAAGGAGGAGUCCAAGGGCUCCGAGCACCACGUUGCCCAGAUCCGGGAGUACCGCGCCAAGAUCGAGAACGAGCUCGAGAAAGUUUGCGACGAUGUUUUGUCGGUGCUGACUGAGUACCUCAUCCCCCAGGCCGAGUCAGGGGAGUCCAAGGUCUUCUACUACAAGAUGAAGGGCGACUACCACCGCUACCUCGCCGAGUUUGCCUCGGGCGACAAGCGGAAAGAUGCGUCGUCUGCGGCCCACGACGCGUACAAGACCGCGACCGACAUUGCGCUAACGGAGCUAACUCCCACGCACCCGAUCCGUCUCGGUCUCGCGCUCAACUUCUCUGUGUUUUACUACGAGAUCCUCAACUCGCCCGAUCGCGCGUGCCACCUCGCGAAGCAGGCGUUCGACGACGCGAUCGCGGAGCUCGACUCGCUUUCGGAAGAGAGCUACAGAGACUCGACGCUCAUCAUGCAGCUCCUGCGCGAUAACCUUACCCUCUGGACCAGCGAUCUCGAGGAAGCUACUGCUGCUGCUGCUGCUGCGCCGGCUGAGAAGGAGGAGGCAGCGGAGGUGAAGAAGGAUGCGGAUGGCGAUGCGGAGAUUAAGGAUUAGAUGAGGAUGUUAUAUCGAUAAAACUGAAAAAAAAAAGAGACAGACUUGUGUUUGUAUUGUCUGAUGUGCUAAGCUAAAUCGAUCCUGUUUUUUAUACACCCCUUACUUUGUCUUUGUCCUUGUUCUAUUUAUAUAUACGUAUUAUAUAACUUUUUCACUUAUGUUCUACGUGUAGAAUUGUAGUAGUAGUAUGAUAACAUGAAACGAUGAAAGAGAGGAAUCCGUCUAUAAUACAAAAACAGAAAGGAGAUGGAGUAGUUGAUCUUGUUUUUUAUACCGCUUACUUUGUAUAGUUAUGUUCUAUUUUAUAUACGUAUCAUAUAACUUUCCC